UUGAUCAGUAGUGCACCAAAAGCCUUCUGUUCUUUCCUCAGUUUUCAGAAAGCCGAGUCCAUUGAGAUGGCUUUUAAGGUCUCUGUAGCUGCUGCUCUCCUCCUCAACCUUCUUUUCUUCACUUCGGUCUGUUCGACUCAUGUACCCUGCCCGCCACCGCCGCCAAAGCAUCCUAAGCACCCUCCGCCUCCGGCUGCUCCAGUCAGCUCCAGCUGCCCAAGGGACACCCUUAAGCUCGGGGUGUGUGCAGACCUAUUGAACGAUCUAGUGCACCUUGUGGUCGGGACCCCUCCAAAGACCCCAUGCUGCAGUCUCAUCGGGGGCUUGGCAGACCUCGAGGCUGCUGUCUGCCUCUGCACUGCCAUCAAAGCCAACGUGCUCGGCAUCAACCUUAACCUCCCAAUCUCCCUUAGUCUGCUCCUAAAUUACUGUGGGAAGGAUGUCCCAAAGGGAUUCCAAUGUGCUUAAUUGCUCGGUUCCUUUCCGUUGCAUGCUCUUCUCCGUGUCAGCUUCAACUCUUUCUUCCCUGAUGUUUCGCAAUGUGAGGUGAUUCAGGCUCAUUUUCAGUUUUUUGUUGCAAUUGUAUCGCAGAUGGGAUCUUGUGAUGAGUUGACAAUCUCAAUAAAACUACGCUCUCUUGAACUGUUUCCUCAACAAGUUCAUACUGGUCAUUUUCGACCGAGAAA